AUGGAUAACAUCAAUUUAAAUAAGGAAAACACUUUACCAAAAUCUAUAGUCUCAAGAAAAAACCGUUUGAGAGUUCUUCAAGAGCUUCAGACUAGUGACAAUCUAAAGGAGCAAGCACUUGAGUUAAAGGUUGGCUAUAAAUUUGAGAAUUGGGAGCAUGUAGACCAAGUUCUACAUACAUAUGCCAAAACAAAAGGUUUUUCCUGGAGAUUGCAAAAUACUUAUCAUAGAGUUGAUGGAAGCGUUAGUAAAAAGGUAUUUGAAUGUCAUCAUGCUGGUAAGCCAAGAUCGCGUAAAGGAAAUAAUCCAGAUAUAACAUGAAAUACAACAUCAUCUCACAUUGAGUGUACGUGUUAUAUAAAUAUUUGUUGGCCAAAAACUGACUCAAUUCCAAGAGUAACUACUUUUGAACCAGGGCAUAAAAACCAUAAUCUUAACACUUUAACAGCAAUAUUCGCACCAUCAUAUCGUAGUUUACCUGAGUCAGUGAUGAAUCG